ACAAAAGACAAAGGACAUAAUUCCUCUUGUAAGUGCAACACCCAUGGCAAUAAAAUGGAGCAGGAAUCAAUUCUAGAGGAGCUUCUUUUAAAGAAGUCGCAACAGAAGAAAAAAAUUUCACCAAUUAAUUACAAAGAACGACUGUUUGUUCUCACAAAAACAAACCUCUCUUACUAUGACUAUGACAAAGAGAAAAAAGGAAGCAAAAAAGGAUCAAUUGACAUUAAGAAAAUUCGAUGUGUUGAGACAGUGAAUCAGGAGGAACAGGCACCUUUGGAGAGACAAUAUCCAUUUCAGAUUGUAUACAAGGAUGGCCUUCUCUACGUCUUUGCAGCAAAUGAAGAGAGCCGAAACCAGUGGUUGAAAGCUUUACAUAAAGAGAUUAAAGACAAUCCUGAUUUACUAAAAAAGUAUCACAAAGAAUUCUUUACCAAUGGGAAGUUUCUCUGCUGCAACCAGGCAUGUAAAGCAGCCCCUGGAUGUACCAUCUGGGAGAAAUUUACAGAUAUAAGUCUGCCUAGCAGAACCAGCUCUAUGAAACCGCUGCCUCCUGUCCCUGGGAAACUGCUGAAGCAUGACAAUCAGCCUCCAGUUCUAGCACCUGGUAAAUCCUCGCUGAAGAUCACUGUGGCAGAGUAUGACUAUGAAGCCAAAGGAAACGCUGAUAUCCAGCUUGUCAGGAACAGCAAGUAUUAUGUUCUGAAAGAAGAGGAUCCUGACUGGUGGCAAGUAAGGGACAUGGAAGGGCAUGAAGGCUUCGCACCAAGUCCCUAUCUGAAAGAGAUCUCCCUAGAUGAUGAUGAACCUGGGGGAAACUCCAGUGGAAGUGACCAUUCAUCAGAAGACGAGGAGAGCAUCACUAAGCAUGAUUGGUAUGCUGGUGAUAUCUCCAGGGCCCAGGCAGAGCAACUGCUACGACAGAAGGAGAAAGAAGGUGCUUUUAUGGUUCGAAAUUCAAGCCGAAUGGGCAAGUACACCGUGUCCGUAUUCAGCAAGGCUCUUGAAGAUAAAAAAGGAACGGUCAAACAUUACCACGUGCACACAAACUACGAAAACAAAUAUUAUCUGGCUGAAAAUUACUGUUUUGAUUCAGUUCCCCAGCUUAUUCACUAUCAUCAGCAUAACUCAGCAGGUAUGAUUACAAGGCUUCGGCAUGCUGUGACUACGAAAGCAAAUAAGGUCCCAUCGACAGCAUCCUUAGGAAAUGGGAUCUGGGAGCUGAAACGAGAGGAAAUCGUCCUGCUCAAGGAAUUAGGAAGUGGCCAGUUUGGAGUGGUACAGCUGGGAAAAUGGAAGGGAAAGUACGAUGUUGCCAUUAAGAUGAUUAAAGAAGGAUCAAUGUCAGAAGAUGAAUUCAUAGAGGAAGCUCACACCAUGAUGAAACUUAAUCAUCCCAAACUUGUUAAGCUCUAUGGAGUUUGCACAGAGACAUAUCCCAUCUAUAUAGUGGCAGAAUAUAUGGCUAAUGGCUGCUUGCUUAACUACUUGAGGAGUCACGGAAAGGAACUGCAACCCUCUCAGCUGCUGGAAAUAUGUUAUGACAUUUGUGAAGCUAUGAGUUUCUUAGAGAGUCAGCAGUUCAUUCAUCGAGAUUUGGCUGCUAGGAACUGCUUGGUUGAUAGUGAUCUCACUGUGAAGGUGUCUGACUUCGGGAUGACUAGGUAUGUUCUGGAUGACCUGUAUAUAAGUUCAUUAGGAACUACGUUUCCAGUGAAGUGGUCGGCACCAGAAGUUUUUCAUUAUACCAAGUUUAGCAGCAAGUCGGAUGUAUGGGCCUUUGGGAUCUUAAUGUGGGAGGUGUUCACUUUGGGAAAGCAACCCUAUGAACUGUAUGAUAACAUACAAGUGAUUGAGAAGGUUUCUGAGGGAUAUCGGCUUUACCGACCACAACUGGCCUCAGAGACCGUCUACCAGUUAAUGUACAGCUGCUGGCAUGAGCUGCCAGAAAAGCGCCCCACAUUUCAGCAACUCCUAUCAAUUAUUGAGCCACUCAGAGAAGAUGACAAGUCUUGAAGACAAGUCCUUAUCAUGUGGCUUUGAAUAUUGGUUGACAUAUCACCAGUCUACUUUGUGGGAGCUAAUACUCUUGUAUGAAUUCUGAAAUCUGGCUGACUCCAGCAGUAUUACACUGGUUUUUCAUUGUCUUUUAAUUCGCAGUGCUUUGACAACAUAGAGUAAAGAAGAAAACUCUUGUGAUGUUGUGGUGACUUGGUAUUGUCUGAAAGAAGAGUGUAGAAGUAUAUUACUGAUGCUAUUAGUAUGACCCCCCAACCCCAGUACUUCACAAGCAGAGAAAUAUGCAGUACUAAUGUAAACUCUUUCAAGGUUUGUUGUGGUGGGUUUAUUUCACAUCACAACUGGAUUUUAUUCAUCUUUAUUUGGAAAAUGUAAACGUGGGUAAUAUAAGCUUAAUAGGUUUUCUCAUUAUCAUAUCAGAUCCCAGGGUAUUUUCUGGUAUAUAAACCUGAGGUUGGUAUUAUGGGUCAAAUUCAUACCUGGUGCAAGUGGCUGCAACUCCAGUGGCAUUAGUGUAAACUUCAAUGACGUGGAUGCUAUUGCCAGUAAACAGCAUAUCAGUUUGGUCACUAGGGCCUGAUCCAGCUUCCCUGAGGUGAAGGAGAGUCUUUCCAUUGACUAGUGCACAUUGGAUUGGGCCCUAAUGACACAGGUUUAAUUCAUUGUUCAUUCUAAACUAGAUCUGUGUGGCAUUUGAAAUACAAUGAUGGGCUCUGUUGGCAGGGAUACGUUCUUAUUCCCUGUUUAACCCCUGAUAAUGCACAACCAUCCUUGUCUGGAAUUCCAUGAGCCUUAAACAGGCUGGUCUAUUGAAACAUCAGUAUGGGAGCUGCAAGACCAGAUACCUGAGGAAGACAUCACCAUUUGAAAUGUUAUUAAUAUAAUGGCAUGACCAAAAAUUUCACACUUGAGUGCUUGAAAUUUGACUCCUAAAUCCAUAUUUGGACACUUAACUAGAAGGCCCCUAAUUUUCAAAGGUGCUCAUCAACUGUAGCUCCCUCUGACUGCAAUGGCAGCUGGCACUGCUUAGCACCUCUGAACUUACUUCUAUGUAAGCGCUUAAAUAUAGAUUUAGGAGCCUAACCUUAGACACCCAGGUUUGCAAAUUUUGGCUUAUUUUCUUCUAAGUACAUGUUGAAAAAUUGUGAAUAGUGUUUGAUUCAUAGUAAUGGUAACAGUAAUUGUUUUGGCUCUACAGGGAGAAGAGUACAUUGAACUUUAUGUAUUCGACUGCUCCAGUGUUUGUCUUGCCAUGUUUCUGGUAUUUUUAAAGGAGUAGAAAUAACAUGUAUAGCAGAACUGUUUAUUUUUAAAAGUCAGGCUGAAAUAUUAAUGCAGAGGAUGCUUUGGCACCUGGAGUACAGUGGUAAACAGGUACAUUAGAGGGAAUUAUGUUCAUUUACAAAAAUUCCUGUCUGACGUAUGAGGAACUGGCCAGUUAUGUCUGCAUAGCAUUUCUAACAGGUUUUUCCCCCUUUUCUCCAUAAUGCCCAAUACAGAACGGGAAGUGUAAGGGAAAUGUUGCUUAAGACGGAUGAAAAUAGUUGAUUUUAACCGAUCCUUCGUUAUAGGCCUUUCCCUUGUUUUCAGUUACAUUUUAGAUUGCUUUAUAAAAUUGCUUGAUUUGUUUUGAAGCCUAGUACAUAUAAGAGCCAUUCGUGAACUGUUUUCCAUAUGUCCUUGGCCUAUGUUUGAUGUUGGUCUUUCUCUCGUUAGCGUCAAGUUUUAUGGAUAUAAACAUAGUUGCCGCUUCUCUCUGAACUUGAUCGUGUUCAGACGAGGCUUUAGUUAGUGCUUUGGCUGAAGCUCCAAACCUGUGUGAGGCAGCAUUGUUUGUUUGAGUCUGACAAACCAAAGUGGAGUGCUGCAAAGUUGAUUUGGCUAAUGUCUGUAUCAGAAUCCUGUGACUUUCUAUCACUAUGUUGUAAAUUCACAGCUAAAUGGAAACAUCACACAUCUCAAUGCACAACGUUACCAGAAUUUAUGAGACUUCUUCCUACAUCUAGAUGAGACAUUUGGAACUUUAACUCUAAAGUGAAUACAUUUGUCGUAGCUGCAACUUAUGAACGGAUGCUGAGACUGUGUUAUUUUUAGCCCACAUCUCUUAUUUAGCAUUGGUGAUUGGAUUAUUUCACGGCAUUUUGUGACAUUACAGCAUGAAGGGAACACAGCAAGCUUAGUUGUUUUCCUGUUUGCAUAAAAGUUGUUUGUUGGUCCAAGUGAAAAAUAAAUCAAGUUACACAGAAGGGUGGGAAGAUGCAAAACACAUACAGUUGUCAAAAGGAGAAUUGAGACCCUAGCAAAAGUAGAUGACAGAGUCCACUAUUAAAUAUUGUGAAAGAUGCACAAGUUAUAUGAAAUUAAUUACUAGUGGGUGUAUGCGAGCAUAUGCGUGCACAGUUUUGUUCUAGUAGCAAGACACUGUCAGCUGUAUUAAUGACAUCUAACUUGAGGCAGCAUUUUAACUGCGUCAUGUACGCUGUUGCACUGAAACAUUCAUAAAAUAGAAAAAAAUACUUGGUGUUCUAUGAUUUCAUUAUUAG